AUGGGAGACCUGAAGUCAGGUUUUGAAGAGGUGGAUGGCGUGAGGCUCGGCUACCUCAUCAUUAAAGGAAAGCAAAUGUUUGCCCUCUCCCAAGUCUUCACGGAUCUGCUGAAAAACAUCCCGAGGACGACCGUGCACAAGCGCAUGGAUCAUCUGAAAGUGAAAAAGCACCACUGCGAUCUGGAGGAGUUGCGGAAACUCAAGGCAAUCAACAGCAUCGCCUUCCACGCCGCCAAAUGCACUCUCAUCUCCCGGGAAGACGUGGAAGCGCUCUACACCUCCUGCAAAACCGAGCGCGUCCUCAAGACCAAGCGCAGGAGGGUCGGCCGGGCCCUGGCCACAAAGGCGCCGCCGCCAGAGCGCGCCGCCGCCGCCGCCGCCGCCAGCCCCCGCCCGGGUUUUUGGAAGGACAAGCACCAACUUUGGCGGGGCCUGAGUGGAGCCGCGCGGCCCCUGCCAAUCAGCGCGCAGUCCCCGCGCCCGGGCGCCGCCGUCGUGCGCCCAGCCGCCCAUCUACCUCAGAUUUUUAGCAAAUACCCGGGCUCGCACUACCCGGAAAUCGUGCGCUCGCCUUGCAAACCCCCUCUAAACUAUGAAACUGCCCCGCUCCAGGGAAACUACGUCGCGUUCCACUCGGACCCUGCUUAUUUUCGGAGCCUGCUGUGCAGCAAGCACCCGGCUGCCGCCGCCGCCGCCGCCGCCGCCGCAGCCGCCGCGGCCGCGGCCGCCGCCGCCGCCGCCGCCUACUACCAGGCGUCGGCGGCCGGGCCCCAACCCAAGGCGGCGGCGAGCGCCGGAGGCCCCGUGAGCCUGACCUACCGGUGCAAGCGCAAGCGCGGGGGCGCCAAAGACUGCCUGCUGGAGCCCCACGCCGGCGCCCGCCGCCUGCUUCUGCUGCCCAGGUCCUACAAAGCCAAGGCGGCGGCCGCGGCGGCGGCGGCGGCGGCGGCGGCGGCCGCCGGGGCCACUUGCCUGGAGAGGUUUCAUCUGGUUAACAGCUUCUGCCCGCCUCCCCACCACCACCAUCACCACCACCACCACCACCACCACCACCAUCACCACCACCACCACCGGGCCCAGCAGCCGCAGCCGAAUCACCACCCCCCUCAUCACCACCGGCCGCAGCCCCAUCUGGGCAGCUUUCCCGAGAGUUGCAGCAGCGACUCCGAGUCCAGCUCCUACUCGGACCAUGCAGCCAACGACUCAGAUUUUGGCUCCAGUUUGUCUAGCUCCAGCAACUCUGUGUCCUCGGAGGAAGAGGAGGAGGAGGGAGAGGAGGAGGAGGAGGAAGAGGAGGAGGACGAGGAGGAGGGGGGCAGUGGGGCCUCGGAUUCCAGUGAAGUCAGCUCGGAGGAGGAGGACUCGUCCACGGAGUCGGACUCCAGCUCCGGCUCCAGCCAAGUGUCAGUGCAGAGCAUCCGUUUCAGACGCACCAGCUUCUGCAAGCCUCCCAGCGUGCAGGCGCAGGCCAACUUCUUGUACCAUCUGGCCUCCGCCGCCGCUGCAACCAAACCCGCUGCUUUCGAGGAUGCCGGCAGACUUCCCGACCUCAAGAGUAGUGUCAAAGCGGAGUCGCCCGAGGAGUGGAAUCUGCAGAGCUGGGCCCCCAAAGCGUCUCCGGUGUACUGCCCGGCCAGCCUGGGGAGUUGUUUCACAGAGAUAAGGAACGAUAGGGUAUCUGAGAUUACAUUCCCACACUCUGAAAUUCCCAGUACUGUAAAGAGAACUGAGCUGACAAUUAACUGCCUGGCGGAGGGGGCCUCUUCACCUAGCCCAAAGACAAACAAUGCAUUUCCACAACAAAGAAUACUCCGAGAGGCUAGGAAAUGCCUACAAGCAACUCCUACUACAUACUGUGCAGAUAACAACACAAUAGCUGCUAGGUUCUUAAGUAAUGAUUCUUCGGGAGUGGCAGCAAAUUCAGAAAAAGAUUCCAAAAUCCCUCAUUGCACUGAAUUUGCUACGGAUUUGCCCUCUUCGCCAACUGAUCCCGAGGUGGAUGCAGCAGCAGCAGCAACUAAAGCCGAGAAUCCCUGCACUGACACAGGCGACAAGACAUUGCCAUUUCUGCACAAUAUUAAAAUCAAAGUAGAAGACAGUAGUGCUAAUGAAGAAUAUGAACCUGACCUUAUUACAAAUAAGCUAAAGUGCGAGUGCAAUGAUACAAAGGGUGAGUUUUACAGUGUGACUGAAAGUAAAGAGGAGGACGCCUUGUUAACCACAGCCAAGGAAGGUUUUGCCUGCCCUGAAAAAGAAGCUCCUUCCUUAAGUCCACUGGCUCAGAGUCAGGGCCUUUCAUGCACUUUAGGUUCUCCACAACCUGAGGAUGGGGAAUAUAAAUUUGGUGCCAGGGUGAGAAAAAAUUACCGGACACUAGUACUGGGAAAGCGACCUGUACUUCAGACACCUCCAGUCAAACCAAAUCUGAAAUCAGCUAGAAGUCCUCGUCCUACAGGUAAAACUGAGACACAUGAAGGAACACUGGAUGAUUUUACAGUUAUAAACAGACGCAAAAAGGUAGCCAGCAAUGUAGCAUCAGCAGUGAAAAGGCCAUUUAAUUUCAUGGCAAAUUUUCCUUGUCCACCAUCACUCAUUAUUGGGAAGGAUGGGGAUUUGUGGCCAGCGUAUUCCUUAAACACCACUAAGGAUUCCCAACCUCCUCACAAGGCCCAUCCUAUAUGGAAAUGGCAGCUGGGCGGUUCUGCAAUACCUCUUCCACCUAGUCACAAAUUCAGGAAAUUUAAUUCAUAA